GAGCCAGACGCGGCGGCAGCGGUGGCUCCGCGGGUUCCGGUGGUUCCCGCCUCUCCAGCGCUGCCACAGCUCCAGCCGCGUAUUCGCAGCGGCCGGGAAGAGCGGAGAAAAUACCCUGUGAAAGAAGAGAUUGGAAGAGGGGAUUGAAAUGUUUGAAAAAGUGUUAUUUCGUGUUGGGCACAGUGCUUGCUAGGUGCUGGGUACUCACUGUGAACGAGGCAGAUGGGGGUCACCAAACUUGAGGACCAGAGCCUUGUGUCAGAGAUGUGGACCCCGCUUUAACUCCGUCAUGGCUUCCAGCUUCUUGGACCUGAGGCUCCAGAGGAGGAAAUGACUGUUCCGGGCUCUUGCUCCAGCUCAGUUACGGAAACUGGACCUUCAUAGGGUGUGGACUUACAGAGAGAACAGGAAAGUUUCUCUUUGAAGGGCUUUAAAUUUGUAACAAAGAAAAUAAAAAUGACGACUUCAUCUAUCAGACGACAGAUGAAAAACAUUGUGAACAAUUACUCAGAGGCUGAAAUCAAAGUCCGGGAAGCCACCUCCAAUGACCCAUGGGGACCAUCCAGCUCUCUGAUGACCGAGAUUGCUGACCUGACUUAUAACGUGGUUGCCUUCUCGGAGAUCAUGAGUAUGGUGUGGAAACGGCUCAAUGACCAUGGCAAGAACUGGAGGCACGUGUAUAAGGCACUGACCCUGCUGGACUACCUCAUUAAGACAGGCUCUGAGCGUGUGGCCCAGCAGUGCCGUGAGAACAUCUUUGCAAUCCAGACCUUGAAGGACUUCCAGUAUAUUGACCGUGACGGCAAGGACCAGGGCAUCAAUGUGCGUGAAAAGUCUAAGCAGCUGGUGGCCCUUCUCAAGGAUGAGGAGCGACUGAAGGCUGAGAGGGCCCAGGCUCUCAAAACCAAAGAGCGCAUGGCCCAGGUGGCCACUGGCAUGGGCAGCAACCAGAUCACCUUUGGCCGCGGCUCCAGCCAGCCCAAUCUCUCCACCAGCUACUCAGAGCAGGAGUAUGGCAAGGCUGGGGGGUCACCAGCCUCCUAUCAUGGCUCCACCUCCCCCCGGGUGUCUUCUGAGCUGGAGCAGGCUCGACCACAGACGAGUGGAGAAGAGGAGCUGCAGCUGCAGCUGGCACUUGCCAUGAGCAGAGAAGUGGCUGAGCAGGAAGAACGCCUCAGACGGGGUGAUGACCUCAGAUUACAGAUGGCCCUAGAAGAAAGCCGAAGAGACACAGUCAAAGUUCCAAAAAAAAAAGAGCACGGCUCCCACCCACCGCAGACCACGCUGUUGGAUUUAAUGGAUGCUCUCCCCAGUUCAGGCCCUGUUGCCCAGAAAGCAGAGCCCUGGGGCCCAGCAGCCUCUGCUAACCAGACCAACCCCUGGGGUGGUUCGGCGGCUCCCUCGAGCACUUCGGACCCCUGGCCAUCAUUUGGUGCCAAGCCAGCUGCCUCUGUGGACCCGUGGGGAGUGCCCACCACAGCCAGCACACAAACAGUCCCCAAGACCUCAGAUCCCUGGGCAGCUCCGCAACAGCCUGCCCCCAAUGCUGGGAAAACAACAGAUGCCUGGGGUGUAGCCUCAGCUACCAAGCCCAUACCUGCUUCGGGAUCCUUUGAGCUGUUCAGUAAUUUCAAUGGUACAAUUAAAGACGACUUUUCUGAAUUUGACAACCUCCGAACUUCAAAAAAAUCAGCUGAGUCUGUGGCCUCUCUGCCAUCCCAGAACAAUGGAACUGCAAGCCCUGACCCCUUUGAGUCUCAGCCCCUGACUGUUGCCUCAAGCAAGCCCAGCAGUGCCCGGAAAACACCCGAGUCUUUCCUGGGCCCCAACGCGGCCUUGGUGAACUUGGACUCACUGGUGACCAGGCCCGCCCCAGCGGCCCAGUCCCUCAACCCCUUCCUGGCCCCAGGUGCAGCUGCUGCCUCAGCCCCAGUCAACCCCUUCCAGGUGAACCAGCCCCAGCCGCUCACAUUGAACCAGCUGCGGGGGAGCCCAGUCCUGGGGAGCAGCGCAUCCUUUGGGCCUGGCUCAGGAGUAGAGCCCGUGGCUGUGGCCCCUAUGACCUCAGCAGCCCCACAUCCAGCUGUGGGGGCUGGUGGCUCCUCUUUGACAUCACUGGGCCCUGCAGCGAUGAACAUGGUGGGCAGUGUGGGCAUUCCCCCAUCAGCAGCUCAGGCCACCGGCACAACCAACCCUUUCCUUCUCUAGUGCCCCAGGCUUCGACCUCCCUGAGUGAAUGCCUGGAGUACCAAUGUCAGAGGACUCGUAGCAGGGACUCUCGUUUGUGGGGUGGCGGCUGAGAGUGUGGAGUGUUAGGACUUUUCAGUUCCAGCUUCCUGGUGAAGGGUUGUCCUAUGGCCCUGACCCUUAGACUGAGCAGCACAUAGCUGUCCACGCUGUGUGGGGUAGGCCUGCCCUUGCCGCCGCCUCCCAAGUGGUCAGCUCCCAAGCUCCUCUGAGGCCUUGGACAAGGAAGCAAAGUCAUCAGUGUUGCUCUGGCCCCAGCCUCAGCCCAAGGGUCUCUGGCUUACUGCCUAGCCCCAAACUUGGGACAGUCGCCUCGUCUUUACUCCCACCCCGCAGCCCUAGGGGCACUGCAGGCUGUCCCCAAGGUGGAUGGGAUGAAGCACCCUUCCCAUUCAACACUGACCUGUGGGAGAGUGGUUGUGCAUAUUUUUCUUUUUCUUUGACUCGUGUGUGAGUUCAAAGUAAACACCACCGUGGACAACUCUUGAAUUAAAUCCACUAGAGCAAGCUUUAAAACUAACCUGAGCAUAACCCUGCCACGUGGCUCUAUGCUUGUACACGUUUGCACAUAUUUUGUUUAGUACAGUUUCAUAUUUGAGUUUGCAGAAUUAUCUAAUAGUCUUUUUUUGGCUAAUAUUUUUAUAACGUGGUUCUUAUUUAACUGUCUAGUUUUGAUAGAAUUUACCAGGUCAGGCUGACUUAAGAUCUUGGCACGUGUCAUUUUAGUGGUUUAAAUCCUCUUAUUUAUGGUUUUAACUGUAAGAAAAUUUAAAAAGGAAGAGAUGUUUGGAUGACAAAAAUAUGCCUUAUGGAAAAACUAAAGCAAAUUCUUUAUAGGGGAAAGUAUGAAAAUUUGAUUACACAAAAAAGAUGAUGUUUAUUUAAAAAAACAAAAAAACCUCCAACAGCAACAAAAACUCACAGCCUCCAGUUGCCUUUUCCUUUCUCUAUUUUGGUGAUUUACAAAAACCAGUUGACUCUCAGCCUUUUUGGCUAGUUCAUGAGAGAGGCUUUUAUUUCUUAACAAUAUGCCAUCUUGAAAAUUGAAAAAAACUAACUUAUGAAUGUGACUCACCAGUUUUUACCAACUAAUUCCUUUUUUAAUUAAUGUCAUGCAGGGAUUUAGGGACUUCUGUUUACAGUGGGAAUCUGAAGUGGUGGAAUUUCCCUUAGCCUUUUGUCCAUGCUCUCCUCUGACUCGGUCUAUGCUCAGGUUAACGACAGGAUCGGGUCCCAGAGGUCCCUGGAGGAUGGUCCCCAGGCUGAGACAGAGGCAGGGAACCAGGGCUGGCCCUGAUCCAUCUACCUGCCAGCUCUAGGCACAGGUUGCAGUUUGAGAAGUAAUCGUCUCUUAUUUUCGAGAUGAAAAAAAAAAAAAUCAUUCUCACAUAGGAUCGAGUUUUAACAUGCACUAAUAUCUCCCACUCCCAACCUCCUGCUGUUCUUACCCCAUCCACCACUGUAAAGAAAAGUAUUAAGUCCCAGAUUAUAAAUUAGAAAAGACUUGCUUUUCCCCAGGGAAGGGACAGUCCCCUGAAUCCUGUGUCCUGGCAACUUGCCUGGCAGAUAUUUCUGAAAUCGAGUCCCAGCUUGGACUUCUCACCCCCAGCUCUAAAGGCAGCCGACCACCUGCCAGCUCCUCUCUGUUCCAGGAAGAGAUCCCACCUCAGCACCAGCAUGGGAGGGAUCCACAAUGGUUUCUGGGCUGCCAGGAGGCCACUCGAGCUCUGAGUGAGGACUGCCUGCUUGGGCCACUCCUCCCAGAACUGGAGGCCUGAGGCCAGCCUUGGUGCAUUUGCCGCCCAGGAAGGCAGGUGGCUGGGUUUCUCUUGCUUGGGGAGGGUGGGGGGCACCAUGGGAUGCCGAGGCAGGGCGCCUGCCCAGGAUGGUGCUCUCCCUCAAAAGGUGCAGGGCCUGGGCCAGCGUAUAGGGUGGUAUACCAGACUGCUUGGGGUCAGUGAUUCUUUUGUAAUAGACAAGAGUCCUUCCUUAUGUGACUGAGGCCCCAACCUAACAAGCCUCUGGGCCACCCAAGAGCAACCCUCCCUCCGCCCAGCUCCUGUUACAGGUCAUCCUGAGUGCACGUUGUCCCUGUUGCCCACUGCACUGAUCAUGAAGCCACCAGUUGCUGCCACGUGUGUUGCACACAUGCUACUGUGCCCCCUCCUGAUGAGCAUCAUGGUGGAGGAAGUCACCCAGCCAUUUCCCUGUGGGCCGGUGGCUGGUUUUGAACUUGUGUUGACUGUUGAUACUUAUUUACUGUAUAAAUAUAAUUUAUCAUUUGUAUCAUGA